UAUUUAUCUUACUAAUUGCUGUGAUAGGAUUUAUAUUUAGCUACAUCGAAUUGAUGUUAUUUGAGAAAUGUAAUGUUUUAUUUAUUAAAAAUGAUAUAAAAGUAGACUUGGAAGCUACCAAUCUAUUUACUAGACAAGUGAAAAAAAAAUUUCUUCAAAUUUUAACAUUAUCAAAAACAUUCACUGUAUAUAUUAACAUGGCAAAUUAUGUGUUACUUUUGAAUUCAUUUAUACUUGAUUCACAACUUUGUAUUGGUCUAUGGCUGCUAAUAUCAGUUUUAUUGUUUUUCAUAAACAUAUUUAUUUUCUUUGUUGAUAUGGCAAUAAAAAAAAAAUUCGAAAUUUUGACUAUGGAAUUUAUAAUUCUUUCCAUAAUUCAAACAUGUAUUUCAAUUGUGUUUCGUUAUUUAAUAUGGAAAUUUCACAAAACGUUUCGUGAAGAAAAUUCUUCAUUUAAAACUCUAAUUGAAAAAUCAGAAACCUUAUCUGGUAAUAUAUCAAUAAAAAAUAGUUCACAGAACUUAAAUGCUUUGAAACAGUUCCAUCAUGUAAAGAUCAAAUCCAAAACAACUUUAUCAAGUCACUCACUAGGACCAACGCAUCCAGAUGAUGAAAAAUUUCUAGAAGUCAUUCGCCAAAAUCCAGAUAUAGGAUUACCAUUAACUGAAGAAAUUAUUGAUUGGAUUUUUAAAGAAAUAUAUUUAAUAGAAAAUGAGACGCGUGACGAAACCACCAAGAGUAAUAAACCAAUUAUGUUAAAUAUGGCUAAACGAGCAGAUAAAUUUUUAAAACUGACACCUCAAGAAAUAAUUGAUCGUAGAAAUUUAAGAAUACAAAAAACUGAUCUGUUAAAAAAAAUGAGUUCUAAAGCCUUACCUAGAACUAUGCCGGUUUUAAAUAAUGGAAGUUUAAGUAACUUUUUAGAAAAAAAUUCUGAAGAGGAAUUAAGAACAGUAGAAAUGGCAGAUCUAGAAGAACAAGUAUCCCAAGAUCAUUUCAAAGAUUUGCCUAUGUCACCUGAUGUUCUGUUUGGAAUAUUUUUUAAAUAUUAUCAUAAUAAACAAUCAUCAGAAGAAAGUAACGAUUCGUCAUCAAAUCAUAUGAUUGGAGCAAAAAAUUUAACAAAGAAUAUGAAUUACAUGCCAAACAUUACACCUCAUUUGACUAAAAAUAAUACCACAAAUGUAUUUAAUAAUUUGUAAAUAUUUUAGAAUAUAUUUAUAAUAUCGGUUCUAUUAGAAAAACUUUUUUAUUUGAUUAAUUAUUAUUUUAAGCAAUUUUAUUUUUUAUUUUGUAUUUUAAAAUUCUUAUGAAACUUAAAUACAUAUUGUAUUAAUUAAAAUAUAAUAGAAUAAUGGUUGGAUACACCUUGGAUACACAUUGGUCGAAUGUGCUGUCGAGAAUUUGUGUUGUGAUUAUUUAGGCUAUCGCUGUGCUAUACCGAUUUGUUGUUGAUCUUCCCUCUAUGUCUGCAUUGUCGCCGCCAUCUUAGCGCAUAUUAGCUAUAAGGUCUAUGGUGCUUGCAAGCCAGUAGUUUUUUAUUCGUUUUUUUGUAAAAGGUAAUAUUACCUUUGCGAUUGUCGCACCCUUGUGCGCUCAGUAUAUCGUCGUUGGGUCUAUAUAUUUUCUAAGAUACAUCACAGAACGUUUACAGCAUAUUGUAUACGUUGAUCAGCUACUUGCAUUCGACUUCAAUAGAUCCUUUCAAUAUUCAACAUUAUCAUCAAUUAGUUUUAAUUAGUCGAUAAGUAUAUUUGUUCAUCUUCUUUUUAAGACUUACUCACAUUUAUAAUUUAUUAUUUGUUUAUAUCUGCGCUAUUGUGGCAUUAGUAUUAAGUGUCGCCCUAUCAAUA